GAUGCGUUUAAAUUUUAAAGUCUGGAAAAGUGCACACAAACGCGAAACGCGAUGGCGUCCGUCAACUCGAUAAAUAUUCACGAAUUAAACAUCCCAAACCUGGAAAAAAUCGAAAACUUUUUCAAUGACUCCGCGUACAAGGAAGCGAUCGAAAACAGUGAAACAUUCAACACCCGUUUGUGCAUCGAAAGACGACUCCGGAUGCCAUUUCUGGAUCCGCAAACCGGAGUUGCUCAAUAUCAUAGCAGCUUGUUCUUUAGGGCCAGGCAAAGGAUUCCAGGGUUGAAGGAAGGACAAAUCUACAGUUACCCUUCGGCACGAUGGCGAAAGUCUCGGCGGCAGUACUUAAUGCAGAAACCUCAGCCACCAUUUCCGACCUACACGCACAGACCGUUUGGACAUUUGCAAAGUGCGUACGAUUCGGAAAACUCCAAUCUAGACUCAGCUGCCGUAGCCAGUGUUGAACCGGAAACGAAAGACCACAAAGAUGACCCUGGCAAGGAUUGGUAUUACGACGAGAUGGAUAUGCAUGAAUUGGAAUCUUACGACGAUCACGAUUUGCCGGAUUCGGACUGUGAUUUCGAGGAGAGCUACAGCAGCCGAAAGAAGAAAGGAAAAAGCUCCAAGGGCGGGUCCAGUUCUUCAAAAAGCAAAACUAGCAGUAUUAAUGAUCCGAACGCUCAGAAAAAGGGGCGAAAUCCGGGAGGAAGAGGUCGUGGUAGAAAAUCACAGGGCGUUGGCGAUAGUCCGACAACACCCAAGGAAGCAGGCGAAAAUUCCAAGAAGAAUCGAUCUCAGACACUUCCCCAUUUGACUCCCCAGACGAGUUCUUCGCCUUUAACCGUACCUCCUGUUGAGGAACCGCCAAUGCCGGUUUUGGUGCCCGAAACAAAGGUCCCCGAGGAACCAGAAGAGAUUAUUCCGAUUAAACCGGGAAUAUCUGUCGGUGGAAGCAAUGCAUCUUCCAAUGCGCCAUCGCCUGUUCCCCCAAUCGAAAAAGGCCGAGCGAUUCCGUCUCCAUACUGUGACUUCUGUCUGGGUGAUGCUCGGGAAAACAAAAAGACACUCGAACCGGAAGAACUCGUUUCCUGUUCGGAUUGUGGCCGCUCGGGGCAUCCGACGUGUUUGCAGUUCACUGCCAAUAUGAUAAUUUCGGUCCGGAAGUAUCGCUGGCAGUGCAUAGAAUGUAAAUAUUGUACGAUUUGCGGAACUUCGGAUAACGACGACCAGCUGCUGUUCUGUGACGAUUGCGACCGUGGCUAUCAUAUGUAUUGCCUGUCGCCUCCUCUUUUGACCCCACCGGAAGGAUCAUGGAGCUGUAAACUAUGCACAGAAGAGUUCCACAAAAAAUAGGCUUUAUUCAAGGAACUUCGGCAGCAUGACAUGUUUAGAAUCUAGGAAUGAAAUAAUUUCUUCUCCUGCAAUGGACGAAAAUAUUCGAUAAUUGUGAAGGUAUUAGUACUCAGUAAGUAAGAUAUGCUAUUAAUCUUAUAAAGACUAAAGACCAGUAUAUGGCAGAUAGUAAUUGCUUCAUAUUGUGUGAUGCUAUUAUAGUUCGAUGUAAAAUUUAUAAACCUAAACAUUCAGAAUAAACCAUGAAAAAUCUAUAAUAA